AUUUCUGUUUAUAAUUGUCAUGCACUAUGACCGUCCCUCAGUGAACUUGUUUUACCUACAUACACCGUGAGGUCCUAAUGUCCUCACAAAGUUAGUAAAAUCGGACAUUUUUGACAUUGCUGGGACAUUCGGUGGAGCCCCACGAGAAAAACAGCUCAUAAAUCAUACUAAAUGAUGUGUUUUUCUAUCUUUCUUUGUUUCUUGUAAAUGUAAAAAUGCAGAAUGUCUUCUGCGAGGGUGUUUAAGGGUUAAGGUUAGUUUUUGCACACGUUUCUUAAACAGAACCAGGAAACCGUUUCAGCUGUUCAGAGAAAAUGAAACUUACUAAGCUGUUAUCUUUCACUGUCUGUGUGUAAAUGCAGUGAAAUGGCAGAAGCCAGUUUUUCUCAGGAGCAGUUCAGCUGUCCAGUGUGUCUGGAUCUACUGAAUGAUCCGGUGGCCAUUCCCUGUGGACACAGUUACUGUAAGAUCUGUAUUACAUGCUGUUGGGAUCAGGAGGAUGAGAAGGGAGUCUACAGCUGUCCUCAAUGCAGACAGACCUUCACUUCAAGACCUGCGUUAAAUAAAAACACCAUGCUGGCUGAAGUGGUGGAGCAACUGAAGAAGACGAAACUCCAAGCUGCUGUUUCUGCUCGACCCAAAGAUGUGGAGUCUGACAUCUGUACUGGAAAAAAAAGCAAGAAGAAAGGAAAGAAAACGCCAGGAAAAAAACAUCUGACGAUUUUAAAAGAGCGACAGAGUGAGUUCCAGCAGAGAAUCCAGCAGAGAGAGAAAGAUCUCGAGGAGUUGAGAGGGGCUAUGGAGUCUCAUAAGCGCUCUGCAGAGACAGCGGUGGGGGACAGCGUGAGGAUCUUCCUUGAGCUGUUCGGCAACAUUGACAUAAUCUGCUCUAAGGUGGUGCAGCGGAUCAGAGAUCAGGAAAAGGCCGCAGUGAGUCGAGCUGAAGGAUUCGUGGAGCAACUGGAGCAGGAGAUUGAUGAUCUCAGGAGGAGAGAUGCUGAGCUGGGGCUGCUUUCUCGCACACAUAGUUUCCGCAAGAGUUUCCAGUCUCUCUCUGAACCUCCUGAAUCUACAGAUGUACCCCGGAUCACUGUCAGCUCUCUCCUCGCUUUUGAUGAUGUGGGAAAGUCUGCCUUUCAACUGAAAGAAAAACUGCAGGAUUUAUGUAGAGAGGAGAUAGACAAGAUAUCGGGCAGAGUAACAUACAUUGAAAUCAUUCCCACCAAUGAACCCAAGAUCAGGGAGGAGUUCCUGCAAUAUUCCAGUCAGUUCACUCUAGACCCAAACACAGCGAAUAAACACCUCCAACUGUCCGAGGGGAACAGAGUCGUGACUUUCACUGCCAGUGUCCAGCAAUAUCCUGAUCAUCCAGACAGAUUUCAUUAUUAUCCUCAGGUGUUGUGCAGAGAGAGUGCGUGUGGACGCUGUUACUGGGAGCUUGAGUGGAGUGGGAGUGGAUUUGUGGGUGUAUCAGUGUCUUAUAUGUACAUCAACAGGAAGGGACAGAGAGAUGAGUGUGUGUUCGGAUAUAAUGAUCAGUCCUGGAGUUUGAUCUGCUCUACCUCCAGAUGCUCAUUCAUUCACAAUGACAGUCAUACUGAGCUCGUUGUACCCUUCAGCGGCUGUAGGAUAGGAGUGUAUGUGGAUCACAGUGCAGGAACUCUGUCCUUCUACAGCGUCUCCCACACAAUGACCCUCAUCCACAGAGUCCAGACCACAUUCACUCAUCCGCUCUAUCCUGGGUUUGGGGUUAUAAAUGGGACAGCAGUAAAACUGUGCGAUCUAACACUAUAGAUUACAGAGAGCUGACUGUAAAUAUUACUGCAAUGUGGCUUUGAGUUGCAUGAUAAAUCGGGAACAGUGAGAUAUUAUUAUGGUGUUUAGUAAAUUAUCACGUC